AAUGGAGCCGGCUCGUGGAAGUCCGUCGUCGUCGGGUUCGCACACCUUUUCCGAGGGAGAGGAGGUGACGGCCGCGCUGGAAGUUUCUGGAGGCGGGGGUGAUGGACGCGGCUCGGACUCUGACGGUGUCCACGCGGGGCAGGACGGCAGGAACACCGAGUCCGACCAGGAGACACCCCCGGCUGAAGACAGCGAGGACGAGGACGAGAAGCUGGACAACAUCCUCUACCCUCCCUCCACGUCCCUCCGGAAGUCCAGUAACCCCGAGCUGACUCACGGGUUAAGCCCUGCUCUCAAAUUCAGGCGACACCUCAGUGACGAUGGAAAACACGUUCGAAGGCGGAGCCUAGGAGGUGGUCUCACAGGAAAGUACCUCCUGCUGCCCGCCGCCCCCCAGCAGACGCACACAGCGUGGCAGCCGUCAUCCGAGAUCUCUAACCUGGUCCGUAUGUGUUCCCUGAACCUCGGAAAGUCGGACCCCUCCCUCACCUCCAGCCUGAAAGAGCUGAGUCUUCCUCGAAGAGGCAGUUUCUGCAGAACGAGCAACAGAAAAAGCCUGAUAGGAAGCGGUCAGUCUUCAGGUUUACCGCGACCUCACUCCCCUCUCUCAUCUCUUACAGGAACAAGCCCACAAGACAGUCCGAGAAAUUUCUCUCCCAGUGCCUCUGCUCAUUUCUCCUUUGCACGAAGGACUGAUGGUCGCCGCUGGUCGCUGGCCUCGCUUCCCUCCUCCGGAUAUGGAACCAACACGCCGAGCUCCACCGUCUCUUCAUCCUGUUCAUCACAGGAGAAGCUGCACCAGCUGCCCUUCCAGCCUACGCCUGAUGAACUGCACUUCCUCUCCAAGCACUUCUGCACUGAGAGCAUCUCCGGGGACGAGUGCCGCAGAGCGACGGCCAUGCGACCACGCUCGCGCAGUCUCAGCCCGGGAAGAUCUCCAUCAUGUUACGACCAUGAGAUUAUUAUGAUGAACCACGUCUACAAGGAGCGCUUCCCUAAGGCCACAGCUCAGAUGGAGGAAAGGAUUCAGGACAUCAUCCGCAGCAACUCUCCAGAGAGCGUCCUCCCUUUGGCAGAUGGCGUGCUCGGCUUUGCCCACCACCAGAUAAUUGAACUGGCCCGAGACUGUCUGGAGAAGAGCCGGCUAGGACUCAUCACCUCCAGCUACUUCUGCGAGCUCACCGACAAGCUGGAGAGGCUCGUCCUGGAGUCCACGGAGAGAUCGGAGAGCGAGGAGGUGAACUUCAUCAGAGAGCUGGUGAAGAAGAUCCUCAUUAUCAUCGCGCGACCUGCUCGACUGCUGGAGUGUCUGGAGUUUGACCCGGAGGAAUUUUACCACCUUUUGGAGGCCGCUGAAGGACACGCUAAAGAGGGUCAGGGCAUCAAAACGGACAUCCCUCGUUACAUCAUCAGCCAGCUGGGCCUCACAAGAGAUCCUCUGGAAGAAAUUGCUCAGCUGACCAGCUGUGACAGCGGGAUCGCCGAAACCCCAGAAACGGAUGACACUUCUCAGAGCCUCAGCACAGCCUUGCGGUUGCGGCGUAAACCCUGUGAACUGGACUUUGAGAUGACAAAACUCAUCAGCAAUGGCGCCUAUGGAGCUGUUUACCUGGUGCGGCACAAGGAAACCAAGCAGCGGUUUGCAAUGAAAAAGAUCAACAAGCAGAACCUGAUUUUGAGGAAUCAGAUACAACAAGCCUUUGUGGAGAGAGACAUCCUUACCUUCGCUGAGAACCCCUUUGUGGUGUCCAUGUACUGCUCCUUUGAGACUCGCCGGCACCUGUGCAUGGUCAUGGAAUACGUUGAAGGUGGAGACUGUGCCACCCUUUUGAAGAACAUGGGUCCCCUGCCUGUGGAUAUGGCCAGGAUGUACUUUGCAGAGACAGUGCUGGCUCUGGAGUAUCUCCACAACUAUGGCAUCGUCCACAGGGACCUCAAACCAGACAAUUUGCUGGUUACAUCGAUGGGACACAUUAAGCUGACAGAUUUUGGGUUGUCCAAAGUUGGUCUGAUGAACAUGACCACCAACCUGUAUGAGGGACAUAUAGAGAAAGACGCCAGGGAGUUCUCUGAUAAGCAGGUCUGUGGAACCCCGGAGUAUAUUGCACCUGAGGUGAUCCUGAGACAAGGCUAUGGGAAGCCGGUGGACUGGUGGGCUAUGGGCAUCAUCCUCUACGAGUUCCUUGUGGGCUGUGUGCCCUUUUUCGGAGACACACCUGAGGAGCUGUUCGGACAGGUCAUCAGCGACGAGAUCAACUGGCCCGAGGGAGAGGAUGCUCCGCCUCCCGACGCUCAGGAGCUCAUCACCUUGCUGCUCAGGCAGAAUCCUCUGGAGAGGAUGGGCGCAGGCGGAGCUGCCGAAGUGAAGCAGCAUCAGUUUUUCCACAACCUGGACUGGAACAGCCUGCUGAGGCAAAAGGCUGAGUUUAUUCCUCAGCUGGAGUCCGAAGAUGACACCAGUUACUUCGACACUCGCUCGGAGAGAUACCAUCACCUGGAGACGGAGGAAGAUGACACGAACGAUGAAGACUUCAAUGUGGAGCUGCGACAGUUCUCCUCGUGUUCUCACAGAUUCUCUAAGGUUUACAGCAGCCUGGAUUUGUCCCGCGGGCACCUGGAGGAGAAGGGCGAGACGGAGGGGAAGAAGAGCGAGAGCCCGCUGACCGUCGACUCGCUCAGCUGGACGCCAGACUUCGCUGAACUGCCGUCGCUGUCGCACUCGACAGACACCGACAGCGUGAAUCAGGGCCCUCGACCCAACCUCUUACCAAAGUUUGCCAUCUCAGCCGAGAGCGAAGGGGACGAGACCUCGGGCCUCGGCGACCCCAGCAAGACCUCGUUCUCCAUCGGAGAGCUCCCGCAGGAUGAGCCGGACGCCACCACUCCGGGCAGCACCCACAGCGGAGCCACGCUCUCUGGGAGUUUCUCAGAACAUCUGGACCAGCUGACACCCAGAGGCGAGGGGGUGGAGAGCCCGGACAGCACCAGUCAUACCUCCGCAGACCAGGGGGCUCAGACCAACUCUCUGCGGCCUGAGAGCGCCGCAGAGAAGACCGGAGCUGUGGCCAAAGUCCCAAAGUCGGUCUCCACCGGUGCCCUGUCCCUCAUGAUCCCCGGGGAUAUCUUCGGGGUGUCUCCGCUGGCCAGCCCCCUGUCUCCUUACUCCCUCUCCUCGGAUCCUUCCUCGCGAGACUCCUCUCCGAGCCGAGACUCCUCCCUCUGUACCGCCAACCUGCGGCAGCCCGUCGUCAUCCACAGCUCAGGGAAGAAGUUUGGCUUCACGCUGAGGGCGAUCCGGGUGUACGCCUGCGACGGGGACGUCUACACCGUCUACCACAUGGUCUGGAACGUAGAAGACGGAGGACCGGCACAUAAAGCAGGACUCAAAGCCGGAGACCUCAUCACUCACGUGAACGGGGAAGCGGUUCACGGUCUGGUCCACACUGAAGUGGUGGAGCUCCUGCUCAAAAGUGGGAGCAAAGUGGCCAUCUCCACAACGGCCUUUGAAAAUACUUCGAUAAAAACUGGCCCAGCGAGGAGGAACAGCUACAGGAGCAAGAUGGUCCGAUGUGCCAAAAAGCCCAAGAAGGAGAGGACACCAGAAAGGCGGCGCUCCCUGUUCAGGCGUUUUGCCAUGCAGCCGUCUCCUCUCCUGCACACGAGCCGCAGUUUCUCCUCCCUGAACCACUCCCUCUCCUCUGGUGAGAGUCUCCCUGGCUCCCCUACCCACAGUCUCUCCCCUCGCUCCCCGACCGCCGCCUUCCGCCCCACACCAGAUUUCACUCAGUCAGGUGGAAACUCCUCCCAGAGUAGCUCUCCCAGCUCCAGCGCUCCGAACUCCCCCGCAGGCUCGGGCCACAUCCGUCCCAGCACUCUCCACGGCCUCGGCCCCAAACUGCCGGGUCAGAGGCUCCGUCAGGGGCGCCGCAAGUCCGCCGGUAGCAUUCCCCUUUCUCCUCUGGCUCGCACACCUUCGCCUACCCCCCAGCCAACAUCUCCUCAGCGCUCACCCUCUCCCCUUCUUAGUGGACACUCUGUCGCCAUCUCCAAGACGACACAAGCCUUCCCAGCUAAGAUCCAUUCCCCACCCACGAUCGUACGCCAUAUCGUGCGCCCCAAAAGUGCUGAGCCGCCCCGCUCACCCCUCCUAAAACGUGUCCAGUCUGAGGAGAAGCUGUCGCCCUCUUACACAGGAGAUAAGAAGCACCUUUGUCCCAGAAAACACAGCCUGGAAGUGACCCAGGAGGAGGUGCAGGACGAGGAGCUGAGGACUGGGGAGCGGGAUUACACCGUCUUGCAGAGUGUGGAAGAAACAGCCUGCGAGCCACCGGCGAUCACACGCAUACGACCAGUUGAGCAGGGCUGCUUGAAGCGGCCUGUCAGCCGCAAGAUGGGCCGGCAGGAGUCCGUCGAGGAGCUGGACAAGGAGAAGCUCAAGUCCAAGAUGGUCGUGAAGAGACAGGACUGGUCAGAGAGGAGGGAGUCUCUGCAGAAGCAAGACGCCCUGCGUGAACCUGACUCUUCCUCCCUGUGUGGUGAUGACAGGGACGAAGGUUUUCUGGCCAGAGCCCAAAACAAAAGCAGCCCAGACUCUGGCCCUCUGGAGCCCAAAGCUGCCAGCACAACCCUCAAAGAUGUGCUGUAUAAGAAACUCACCACACGCGUCUCCGAGGGCAUGGCUGAAACAUCCGGCAGCAGCGGUGACAGUGACGGAGGGCUCAGAUCGGCUCUCUGCUCCAUUCACCCGGAGUGGCAGCACUCCAGGCAGGGUAAAGACAGCAUGAAGCCAGACAGACUGGACUUCAAAGCUCCCAACAUCGAGUUCACCAGGAAGAGGCUGUCGUUUGAAGAACGAGAGGACUGCAUGUGUCGCUGCUCCUCCGGCAUCCACGAGAACCUGCACUUUGGCUCCACCAGGUCCAAGAGCCUCCAGCUGGACACGGCCAUGUCUCAUGACCACAUGAAGGCCGGACUGGGGAGCGUUCACUCCAGCCCUGAAGGUCUGGCUCCCAAGCUUUUCUCCAGCAGAGGAGAGAGCGCUGUGGAAAAGCUCCAGCUCAUCUCCUCUGCGGAGUCUUCGCUUCGAAAGACGUCGUCUGAGUAUAAACUGGAAGGGCGCCACGUGUCCUCUCUGAGACCUCUGGAGGGCACUCUGGAUAUAGGUCUGCUCUCAGGACCCAGAGUCUCCAAAACAGAAACCUGUUUAUCAAAGAUGGCGGAGAACACAAGCGACACUGUUUCUGUGAGUCCUCCAAUUUGGCUCCAGACCCCGACGGAGAGGCAGAUCACCACCCCCCAACUGAAAACCACAGACAAGCUGAAGAGCCCCCUGACUUGCUCUCCAAGCCCCGAAGCUGUUUCUUCUCUAAACAGCAUAGUUGCCUCCAAAGACCAGUCAAAUAAUGCAGCCACGGAGGUGAAAAUCAGCACAAGUGGUGAGAAAACACAGGAUAGACAUAGUGAAUUAAAGGCUCAAAGCUGCAAAGUGGAGCCGCCGACCUUCGCUGUUAAACAAGAGAGCAGGACGGGUAUGAAGGCCAGUUCAUCACUGGCUCAUGAGCACAGAGGCCCCCGGCACAGCUCCCACUUCUCCUCCUGUGGAAAAACACCGUCCAUACGGGAAGUCAGCAAUGAAGAUCAGGAGGAUGAAGUGGAACAGCAGGAAGUAGCACCACACGCUACAUCGCAGAGCGCUGACGGCUCCGGGACAGUAGUCUCUUUGAGUUCACCAAAGCCGGAGGUAGACGUAAAAACUGCCGAGACUCCGGCUGCAGCUGCCGGCGAGCCGUUACCCGUGUCACCGAAGCAGAGCAUAAACAGCGGUUUGGACGCAGGUCGGCGUCAGGGCUGCGAGACGAAAGCAGCUACUGCACAGAACUCAAACAUGACCUCCGUUGGUAAGGUACAGAGCAGCUCUGCGUCUGCACGCGCUCCAGAGAGCGUGCUUUCUAAACAACAGCCGGUGAACAUCUGCUCCACUAACACACAACCACAGCUUUCUGUCACGUUAGCAUCUGCUGCUGCACAUGUAGGUAAAACAUGCAGUUUAAAACCCGAAGGUCAGGACUGCCGGCAGAGAUCCGUCAGCAAGGACUGCGCACAGUCGAACAGAUCGGCUGUGAAAGCGGUCGGCGAUCCAGGCAGCUCGAAGAAGGAAGUCAGCACAUGCGUCACGGCUGCACCAGUGGAGCCGAAGAGAGAAGCUUCCUCAGUAAAUACGCUCACCUCGUUAAAUAACGCUACAGAGGUCACACCGAGUGUAAAUAAAAAGGAUAAAACUGUGUCUACUGGUGCAAGAGAGAGUAGCAGCAUAAUGCUGCAGAAAAAAGAGGAUCCACUAUUGCCAAAGAUUAAGAAUGUGAACGAUUCAGAGCAGCUAUCAAAAAACAAUCCAGCUGAAAAAGCACAGCACAAAUCAUCCGAUUCAGAAAGCUGCCCCUCUAAAAGAGAAGCUCCUGCAGCCGGUGUGAAUGAAAACCAGAAAAGUUCGAUAACUGGAAACGCUGCGAGCCCCAAAAGUCAACCCAGGCCUGACUCACAACCUGUAGCAAACCCUGCGGUGAAGACGGAGCAGCAGAUUGCCAGCUCUGUGCCGGCUCUCAAACACAGUCCACAUUCAAAACAGAGAGAUCUGUCUAAAGAAUCUUCAAACUCUCAAAUCACCCACGAGCAGAAAGAGGCCUCGCUGCCGUCCGCCGGGGGUGACGUGCAGCGAGAGGAGGCGGCGAAGCCGACGAGUUCGCCGUCUCUCACUGAGGUGAAGCAAAGAGAAAUCCAGCCCAGAAGCUCUGUAGCAACCGCAGCUCGUAUAGAGAAAGAAAGCACUGACUCGAAGCCAAAACCUCUUCCUCCUAAAACUGCCCCUCCACUGUCAACCCUAAAGACUCCUGUAGCUCCAACGCCGUUUACUAAACAAGGUGUUGACGCCAAACAUAAAGACCCCUCACCCAAACACCAAACCCCGGUCGUUAAAAACCACCACGACCCCAAACCAAAACAGGUAGCUUCACCUCUCGCUGCACCUCAACAUCAGCUGCCAUCACAUGUUCCCUCGCAGGCUGAUCUGCCGCCAGUGCUGCCGAAACCUGCAGCGAAAAAGGAAACGCAUUCAACCGGCGGCACCGCCGCGGCCGCCACCUCGGCCAGGAUCUCCAGCUGUGCGCCUCAGGACACCGUGGCCAAGGUGUCCAAGGAAGGCGCCAAGUCUGAAACGCUCAAACCGGACAGCCACAAGGGCCCAGACGCCAGAACUGCCACCCCCGACAAACAGGUGUCCGCCAGCAGGAAGGAGCAAGCUGAGAGGAAGAAAAAAGAAGCUGUCCAGGAGGCACCGAAACCCGCAAAAAGAGACGCCUCCCGCGCCGCUCCGCCCGCAAUGAAAGACGCUUCGGACAAAGACGCCAGCAGGUGCAAGCAGCAGAAGGAGUCGCCACGUAGCUCGAGUAACAAAAAGUAAAGCGGGAAGAGCAGAGAUGUAAUAACAUGUUUGUGCAAACAUCAUCAUGCCUUCUUCUUCUUUUCUUUUUUUUUUCUUUUUUGUUUUUUGGACCGGGCAAGCUGUUACAUGCCGACAGAGAGGUAGAUAUGUGUGUGUGUGUGUGUGUGUGUGUGUGUGUGCGCGCGUUAAAUACACGUUUCGAGGUCUGAAUGUAGGCGAUCACGUGCCGAUCAUUUGGCGUUUCACCCUCACGUCAAGCGAAUGUUUGGGAGUUUUGUUUCUGUUUGUCGCAGAAUGCUUUUGUGCAAUCAGCGGAAGAAGCCUCACGGCGGUCGUCACGUGCUGCAGAGUCGGUGCCAUAAAAAGAUUUUGAAUUGCACUCUCACCUGUAGACUCGGAGGACCUGAUGUCUUUUAAUGCAGUAGACCGCACAGCAGCCCGGCAGCCGGCUCGCGCUCGUCGCUGCUCGGUUUGAUCCCGUCAUCGUCGUGUUGGGUUUCGCCGCAGUGGUACACGGGGGAGGACGCGCCACGUCCUGAAACGUCGCAGGAAUCACGUCACGGCUCUAGAAGUCAUGAAUGAGUGAAGGGGCCUUAGGAUUUAAGGAAAUAAAACUUGCUGUUGUUAGCAAGGUGUGGUGUUUAUUCACAUUCCUCUGACAUCUGUACAUAUAUUUUUGAUUUUUAUGCAAUAGGGUGUAAAUAAGACCACUGUAAAACGGGAUACAUGGGCUCACAUGAUUGUCGUUUGUAUUAUAUGUAUAGAUUUUGUUUGUAUGCUCGAUAUUAGAGUAUCAUGUUCUCCUUGGUAACUCUGUGGUCUGCAGUAAGCUACCGUGAUGUAUCUCGUCUGAAGACGUCCUCUCCUUCGUGACCUUUCGCCUGUUUUUACACGUUCCGAAAUGAACUUGAAGAGGGAGCGAGGGAGGAAAAGGCACGAGCGGCUAAAAAAAUGUAGCAUAAAGUAACAAAACUGUGACGGCUGUCAGCGUCUCCCAAGAAUGUCGUUGUUGUCGGCGAUGCAUUUGCUGGCUGACUGCGGUUUAAAGUAAAAUGUAAAAAGUAUCAUGUCUGAUUAAGCAGAGGCAGCAGAUCUGCGGUAGAUUUCUGAAGGCUCCGGGCAUCGUCUCCGCGUCCGUCAGAGCGGCACGAGGUCAAUGACGUGGGUGAGAUGAGGUCAGACGGCGGCCACGCAGUGACGCUUUCAUGUCAGGCUUCAGUCUCCGUGUUGUUCAAGUCACGUGUGAGCGUUUGCAUCUCUUCAUAACGAGCAGCAGCUGGCUGAAAGCUUCGCCAGGGUGACAUACAUUUGAUGUUAAUGUACAAAUACUUGGUACUAUACGUAUAGGCUGGCAUAUAUCUGCAUUCACUUUCUGCAAAUUACUCACACGCAAACACGUGUUUCUAUACUGUAGAUGCCUUUAAAUUGCAAACCCUAAAGGACAACCAGAGAGUAGCCUAGGACACUAAGUAUGUAAUGCAGUAUUUGCUCUGUUGUGUUGGCAAUGUCAAAACAAUAACCUUGUCUACUGCGUAUACUCUAUGUUGACAAGUCGAGGAGGAAAGACUUCACUGAACACAGAUUAAAGCUCAUCUAAACCGCAUUCUGUAUCCAGGAGUGAAUCACACGAGACUGACCGCAGAGAUUUUAAACGUUAAAAGAAUCCGAUGUUUACUGGCACUAGAUAUUGUAAAUGUAUAUCGCUGAUGUAUCAUGAGAGAACAAAUGCACCUUAAUGUUUGCCAGCAUUCAGUCCAAAGGUUGAGAAGAAGAGUAGAACUGGAGCUGAAAGCGGUUUCUGAACCCCCCGACUCGUCCUGACUUCAGAUUAAAUAAAUCACUGAUUCCCCCCCCCCCCCCCCCCCCCCCCACUCGUCUUUCCUGUGAUUGCUGACAUUUAAAUCCUCAAAGCACAUUCAAUGUUUGUUUACAAAGCAUCAUGGAUGUAUAUUUUGUACAUUGUUGAUUUGCCAAAUCUAUGUUCUGUGUCACAGAUAAUGUUGUUUCUAGUAGUGUGAGACUUUGCUCCUUCCCACGGGGACGUUUAAUAAGAACAUUUGUUUGUGCAGUAAUCAAAGUCCUUUCAUACGUCAGGUUCUUCUUCGUCUGCUUGUCUCCUCGGUUUCCUUUUUUUUCUUCCUCUGUGCAAAACUAGUAUUAAUAUGAACUUGCUUACGAUGGUUUGUCUUUUAGAAUAUGUGCAAUAAAAGUGUUUUGAGUUUUGUAUUUUGCCCAAGGAAAGCUCUAUGGAUGUCAUAGAUGUUGUAUAUUAAAACAGAUAUUUAUACUUCUAAUGUUGCGUAAUACUGAAAAUAAAAUGGA